GAACAUGAACAUCCUUUAACUCACUCCAGACCUGUUGGCUGAACCUAAAGGAGUAAAAUAUCAGAAUAUUAGUAAUCCACAACCUGCAUACAAUAACUGUUAAGUUAAGCAAAAAGCUCCGUCUCCAGUGACCAUGGACAAACCGGUUUGCCUCAUUGACACGACGUCAGAUGGGAAGCUGUGUGUGCAGCAGUCGGCGGUGCAGAUCCUGCAGAAGAUUGAGCAGCCGGUGGUGGUGGUCGCUGUGGUGGGUCUCUACCGCACCGGGAAGUCUUACCUGAUGAACCGUCUCGCUGGUAAACAAACAGGGUUUGCACUGGGCAGCACAAUUGAGUCCAAGACGAAGGGUAUCUGGAUGUGGUGUGUGCCCCACCCCGCUAAAAAAGAAACCACUUUGGUGCUGCUGGACACUGAGGGACUUGGAGACGUGGACAAGGGAGACUCAAAGCAUGACACGAAGAUUUUUUCUCUGGCUGUCCUUUUGAGUAGCACUAUAGUCCUGAACAGCCGAGGAACUAUUGACAACAGGGCCAUAGAGGAAAUGCAAUAUGUCACUGAGCUAACAGAGUACAUCAAGAUCAAAUCACCUGAUGAAGUUGUAGAUGAUUCAGAGUUCGUGAAGUUCUUCCCCAGUUUCAUCUGGGCUGUGAGGGAUUUCACUCUGCAACGAAACAUCAAUGGAAAAGACGCAACAGAUGAUGAAUAUCUAGAGUUCGCUCUGAAACUAAAACUGGGCAACUCAGUUCAAGUGAUGAAUUACAACCUGCCAAGAGAGUGCAUUCGUAAAUAUUUUACAUCACGAAAAUGUUUCACCUUCCCAUUCCCAACGAACCCAGACAAUGUCUCUUAUCUGGAGACACUGGACCCAGCUGAGAUUUCAAAACACUUCUUAGAAGUCACUGAUUGCUUCAGCCGGUUUAUCUUUGAUCACAGCCAAGUGAAAAAUCUAAAAGAUGGACACAAGGUUACUGGCAGAGUUUUAGGUCAUCUUGCGAAAACAUAUGUGGACACUAUCUCUAGUGGGGCCGUGCCAUGUCUGGAGAACGCUGUGAUUGCCUUGUCAACGAUUGAGAAUGAGGCUGCAUUACAGGAGGGGCUUGAGGUGUACCAGAGUGGAAUGGAGAAGCUGAAGAAGUCCUUUCCCCUGGAACUGAAUGAAAUCACUUCGGAACAUCAGUGUUUCAAUCUCAUGGCAACACAAACCUUCAUGAAUCGCUCCUUCAGAGACAGUGAUGGAAAGUUCUUGACAUCUUUAGAGGAAGCCAUCAGACAUCAGUUUGAUAGGUAUCUCUCCGACAACGAGAAGGCUUCUGAGGAAAAAUGUGAAAGUCUUAUGUCAGUUCUCUCUGAUCCAAUGACGGAAAGAAUCAAUGAAGGAUUCUAUGCCAGAGCAGGAGGUUACGACCUCUUCUGCCGGGACCUGGAGGACAUCGUGAAUCAGUACAAUUUGCUGGCGUAUAAAGAAGUCAAGAUUGCUGAGGUGUUGGAUAAGUUUUUGCAGCAAAAGGCUGCACUUACCACGGCCAUUCUGCAGGCUGAUGAUAAACUAACUGAAAAUGAAAGGAGGAUUUGUGAGGAGAGAGAGAGGGCAGUUCUUCUGGAACAAGAAAUUAAGGCCCAGGAAGAGAGGCAGCGUCAGCUGGAGGAGAAGAUGGAGAUCGAACAACAGAAUAAUGAAGAAAGACUGAGACAGGUCAUACAGAAGAUGGAAGACGAGAUGUUCCUCCAACAACAGGAGACAAAGCUUGCAAUGGAGAGUAAGCUAAGAGAGCAGACUGUCCUGAUGGAGAAGGGCUUUCAAGAGAAAGCUAAUAGUAUGGCUCAGGAGAUAGAAGAGUUGAAGAGGAAGAAUGCACAAGUAGAGGAGAGAACGUCAAGAAGUUUUGCACAGAUGAUAGCAGAUCAGGAGCGAAGAAACGCACAGAACAUGGAGGUGCUGAGGCAGCGGCACCAGCAGCAAAUGCAUGCGAUUAAUAGAAGACCUAGACCUAGAUCUGGAUGUUGUAUACAGUAAAAUGUGUUUAAACGUUUUUGAAUUCAUUAUUAACAGUCAUACUUAAUUUCAAGGAAUGGCUAUUAUGUUUGACAACAUAUACAAACAACGACUAUCGUUUUUUAGCUAAAAAGCUACUACAGCUUUUUAGGCUUUUACUAUGCGGGAGAGUAUUGAAACUAAGUUCAAACAUUCUCACAUCCUUUUUGCUCCUCGGGAAAGUAUGGUAAUACUCCAACUGGCCAAUCAAAUCUGUUAGUUGACUUUCAGUGACAUGCUUUUAUUUAUUUUUAUUGGUAUUUCACAAGACAAAACAAAUAUACAUUUAUUGAGAUUACCGACUGUCCCAAUUCAGUAACAUGGGUUUUCAAUUAUACUUCAAUAACAAAUAAUGUAUUAUUAUUGUUAUUAUUAUUAUGAAGACAUUUAGCCCAUUAUUUUUGUGGGGGGCGGUAAGGGACCUGGAAAUGGAUAUGGGGGCGCUGGCCCAAAAAAGGUUGAGAACCACUAGUCUACAUCAUUGGUAAUGUUUUACAAUGGGUGUAAUAUAACACAAGACAUUUGUAUGUUUCUGUACGGAUGUACUCCCUUAAAUAAUACUGGUGUAAAGUUAUACCUUUACAUGAAAGUUUACAUGAAAUAUGAAAUUGUUACAGCUAUUACAGUUCUGUGAUUAUUUUGGAGUCUGUAACAAGCUAAAUCACAGUUGUUUGAAAAGCUGAGUGAACGAACACCCCUCAGUUUGUUUGCCGUAAAAGCCGGUAUCAAUGCUGAUAGUAAAUGAAGUCAUCUCAGAAGCUUCAGUUACAUUGUUGCAAUGUUUUCUUGAUCGGAUCAGUUUGAAUCAUGCCAAGAAUGGUCUGGUUUAAUGUUUGUAGUUAUCAUGUUAAAGUACCUUUUCAUGUUGGUUUUCCCCGUGUGGUUAAUAUUUUCUAUCCGGUUCAGUUUCCUCUUUUCAAUAAAGUUUUUGUUCCUGUAA